CACAACACACCAACGCCGGAAGAGGAGGGGGAGAGAUAAUUCAGCAGCAGCGGGAGCAGGAAGCAGCAGCGAGGUGGGAUUUUUCUUCCUGGCUCUCUACUUCUUCGCGCGGGAUUGGUUGCUGGAUGGAUUGGGAGGGGGAGCUCGAGUGAUCCGUGGCCCUUGCUGGGUUCUGGCUAAAUGUUUUAAGGUCUUUAUUAGCAAUUCCAGUUACGUGCCUUGCCUUUUUACGUGAUUCUACAAAGCGAUGAACGGAGCCCAUCCCUGGACCUCCGUGUCUGGGAGUGCAUGCCCUAACCUUGGACUUGUUGCCAGGGAGAUGAAUGGUAGUGUUCCAAAAAGCACUACAAAUUCAUCUGGGCCAAGCAUUGGAGUUAGCUCUUUGGUGACUGACACCAACUCGUCGCUUUCUGGAGGUGCCCAGUUACAGCCAAGUACUAGCAUGAAUGGUGAUUCAUUCAUGCGUGUUCCUGCCUCCCCAAUGUCAUUUUCAUCCAAUAACACCUCUGGCUCUUCAGUCAUUGAUGGUUCCAUCAUGCAGCAAAGUCCACCCCAAGAGCAGGUGCAGAAACAGAGGUCUUCAAGUGUAUCAUCACAAGCUGUGAUUGAUGCUGGUGGUGCAUUGCAUGCUCAGAAGAAAUCAAGGAUUGAUGCUAGUCAGGGUGAUAUCAUGCAACAACAGCUGAUUCAGCAGCUGGUCCAUGGUCAGAAUUCUCUUCAUUUCCAAGGGCAACAGAACCCACAGCUUCAAGCUUUGAUCCAGCAGCAUAAACUGGCCCAGCUUCAGCAACGGCAGCAGCAGCAUCUAUUGCAACCAUUUUCUCAGAUGCAACAACCCCAAGUUGGUAUUCCUCGACAGCCUCAACUUAGGCCACCACUGGCACAGCCUGGAAUGCAGUUAGGUGGUCCUGUUAGGACUCCUGUUGAGAAUGCAAUUUGUUCUCGCAGGAUAAAACAGUAUUUAUUUCACAAGCGUCAUCGCCCAGAGAAUAACUGUAUAACAUACUGGAGGAAGCUUGUUGAGGAGUACUUUGCACCAGGAUCAAGAGAAAGAUGGUGUGUCUCUUCUUAUGAAAAUAGAGGGAAUUCCUCAUCUGCUUCUCCACAGAAAGCUCUGGAUUCAUGGCGAUGUGACAUUUGCAAUACACAUGGAGGGAAAGGAUAUGAUGCUACUUAUGAAGUACUUCCCAGACUCUUCCAAAUUAGAUUUGACCACGGUGUUAUCGACGAAUGCCUAUUCUUGGAUUCGCCCAAUGAAUUCCGGUUGUCUAAUGGACAAAUGGUGCUGGAGUAUGCAAAAGUUGUUCAAAAAAGUGUAUAUGAACAUCUACAUGUUAUACAUGAGGGGCAUCUGAGAAUCAUUUUCACACCAGAACUGAAGAUAAUGUCCUGGGAGUUCUGUUCACGACGCCAUGAAGAGUAUACCACACGCAAGACUAUAGCACCACAGGUUAAUAAUCUGCUGCAAGUUGCCCAGAACUACCAAACUGCUGUCAGUGAAAGUGGACCAGCUGGGAUAUCAAACAAUGACGCACAAACCAUUUGCAACAUGUUUGUCACUGCAUCACGACAACUAGCAAAAAAUCUAGAGCAUCACACCUUAAAUGAACAUGGGCUUUCCAAAAGAUAUGUACGCUGCCUGCAGAUAUCCGAGGUGGUGAAUCACAUGAAGGACUUGAUUGAGUUCAGCCACAAGAACAAUCUUGGUCCUAAAGAGAGCCUGAAUUGUUAUUCUAAAACUAUUGCAAAGUUUCAGAAUAUGCCAAGACAGCUCAUGGCUGCUGCUAGCCUUGCCAAUAACCAGAGCAACACCAAAGUAAUGGGGAUCCAGCAAGAGACAAGUGCUCCUGUGAAAAACCAGACUCCUAGUGUUGGAGCCAUUGGCAAUAACACUCUACAGACUGCCACAGCUCUAAACAGUUACCAGAACAUACUGAGAAGCUCCAGCGCAAAUCAGAAUUUGCUUCAGCAGGAGGCAUCAAGCAUCUUCAAAGGCCCUGCAGCAAUGCACAAUGGGAUACAGCUGGAAGCGGUCAGAUCCUUCCAUGGACCUGGCCAGGCGCAGCUUGUGCAAUUCCAACACCCUGCAUCACUUCAGCAGCCUAUGCCACAGCAAAACAAUCUCCAUGGCUUUGGUGCUAGCCCACAAUACCAGCAGCAUGUGUUUAAUCAAUUACUCCAGGAAGUUAAGAAGAAUAACAACCGUGCUUUUGCACAGCAACCAUCUUCAGAUGCACCUAGUGCAAGCAGCGGUCUCGCAUCAGGAGCUGCUACCCCCAAUGUUGCUGCUUCUGGGGAGCAGGUGCUUGGUGCUAGCCCACAAUACCAGCAGCAUGUGUUUAAUCAAUUAAUUCAGGAAGUUAAAAAGAAUAAUAACCGUGCUUUUGCACAGCAACCACCUCCAGAUGCACCUAGUGCAAGCAGCGGUCUCGCAUCAGGAGCUGCUACCCCCAAAGAUGCUGCUUCUGGGGAGCAGGUGCAGCGCAUCAAUAAUCAUAACAGUAACCACAACAGCGCGGUAAAGGGUGCUCCUCCAGCUGGUAAUGGGCCUAGUAACGUGAUCAACAAUAACACAGCCAGCAUUGUCCCCAGCAGAAACAACAGUUUCAAGUCAGUGAGCAGUAAUCCAGGUGCUGCUGCUACCGGAGGAACUGUGAAUCAAAAGGUUGACGAAUCCUUCCAUGAACUGGAGGAUCUUGACCACCUGAUUACUAACGAACUGUUGGAAAGUGGCUUGUUCGGUUCAGGGCAGGGUGGUGACGUGUUGCCAUGGUAAACGUCAUGCUACUCUGAGAUUGUUUGAUGUAAGCGCUAAGCAACAAUAGCCUGCUUGGUUGCUGGCAAGUAGUAAUGGAAAGUUGCCCUAGAUUCUAGUUUAUUAUCUUCUUUCUCUCCUCUUUUUGGAGAUUUUGUGUUGCCGUUUUGGAGAGUUUCCGAUGAUCAUACACUGGUGUAACUUCAGAUGUGUUAGUGAGAUAGUGAGUUGGAUUUGGCUUGGGAAUCUGGGAACGGUGCGACCAUAGCAGUUAGGGUAUCUAUGACAUGUUACUGAAUGACUUCCUGUGAUUAUCACAAGUUCACAACAUUACCUCAGUCAUGUAUAUCAUAUUCAUGCUAUAGGAGUGCCAAUUAUGAUGUCCUGUUA